AUGGCGAACCAUCUGUACGGCUACAACCGCAGCAGCUACAGCGGUGGAGGCGCCGCUGCCAGUAGUCUCUACAGCUCUCGAUCCGUCACUGAACCCUACAUCCCCGGCGCCACCUCAUUGCUCGGUACCUCCGCAAAAUACCUUAGCUCCGACGCACUUUCGUCAUCCUCCGCCAUUUCCUCCACAAUGUUCUACAACUCGGACAGCUACUAUUCUAGAAUUCCCGGUUUCUCCGUCACCACUCCCACACAUUCGUAUGGACCACCUGGCGUCGAUGUGGGGCCUGCAGUUGAGCCUAGCGACACUAUUUACUCUGGGUUGAAACGCCCUUCUGCCGAAACACUCUAUCAUCAAACCAUUUUGGGUGCCCAUAGCACAUUUGGGCAAACUGAAGCUUGGUAUUCAGCAAACCCUUUAGCCAAGCGCCCUAGAUACGAGAAUACAAGCCAUUUGCCCAUUUAUCCCCAGAGGCCAGGAGAGAAGGACUGUGCCUUUUAUAUGCAAACAAGAACGUGUAAGUAUGGAGAGAGCUGCAAGUUUGACCAUCCUAUUUGGGUUCCAGAGGGUGGAAUCCCUGAUUGGAAAGAGGUUCCGCCUGUACCAAGUGAAUCCCUUCCUGAGAGACCAGGAGAGCCUGACUGUCCUUAUUUUCUGAAGACUCAAAGAUGCAAGUUUGGUAUUAGGUGCAAAUUCAACCACCCAAAAGAUAGAGUAGUCCCCCAGGGUGCUCCAGAUAAUGCUGAUGUCUCUGCCUUACCUGAGAGGCCCUCAGAACUUCCAUGUGCGUUCUAUAUGAAGACUGGAAAGUGUAAAUUCGGCUUAUCCUGCAAAUUUCAUCACCCUAAAGGCGUGGAAGUGCAAUCAGCUGGAGAACAAUAUGCCACUGCGCUCCAGAAUGAAAUAUCUGGAGAUUCAAAGCCAGUGCAGCCACUUUAUAGCCCAGCAUUGUUGCAUAACACCAAAGGUCUUCCUAUUAGACCGGGUGAAGUUGAUUGCCCAUUUUACCUAAAAACUGGCAGCUGCAAGUACGGUACCACAUGCCGCUACAAUCAUCCUGAUAGAAAUGCUGCUAUUGCACCUGUUAUAGCUUCUCCUCCUCCACAUUUUAGCUUUGGAGCUAUUACUCCAGCGACCUCUCUCCUUCCAACUUUUAAUCCUAGGCUGACUCAGACAUCGCUAGGAUUGGUCCCAACUAUUUACCCGCAGCGACCUGGACAGCUGGAAUGUGAUUACUAUAUGAAAACUGGAAUAUGCAAGUUUGGAGAAAACUGCAAGUUUCACCAUCCUAUUGAUCGUUCAGCACCUACAGCAUCAGCAAAAGAGUCUCUGCAGCAAAAUGUCGAACUCACUCUUGCAGGCCUACCAAGAAGAGAGGGUGCAAUACACUGCCCAUAUUAUAUGAAGACUGGGACAUGCAAGUAUGGAGCAACAUGCAAAUUUGACCACCCACCCCCUGGAGAGGUCUUGGCAAUGGCAACAUCACAAGGGGCCUCGGCUGCAGGAGAGGAAGUGGAAGAGAAUGGAGAGGAGGCUUAA